AUGCUGAAAACCGCUGUACUGGUGACGGGUGCUUCGAGGGGCUUUGGCCGCUGCCUCGCGCUGGAUUUCGUCCGUCUUUUGAGCGACCGAGAUCUGGAUCUGCAUCUGUGGGCUCGCACGGAACUGGACCUCAAAGAUACGGAGCGAAUGGCACAUGCGGAAUGGUCUGCUGCAUCAGCAUCCAAUACAUUGCGCUGUUUCUUGCAGGCUGUAGACUUGAGUGACCCUGCAGUCUACACGGCAAGAGUCGACCAAGUGCUGUCAACACUUGCAACCGAGACCUAUGCUCAAGUGUUCCUGGUGCACAAUGCAGGAUCGCUCGGGCAGCUUGGACUCGUGCAGGAAAGCACCUUGUCUCCGAUGGCGAUGCAGCCAUAUUGGGAGCUCAAUGUGACGUCGGUGAUGUGGUUAAAUAAGCGCUUUUUGGACGUCUUUGGAGCCACUAGAGACCAACUGCUGGACUCCGCAGCAGUACAAACGGACACAGAGCAGACGCAGCUUGUGGUGGUCAAUAUCACGUCGUUGUGUGGGAUCGAGCCUUUCAAGACGCACAUGAUGUAUUGCACGGGCAAAGCAGCGCGCGAGAUGCACCAUCGGGUGAUUGCUACGGAACAAGCGGCACUGGACAAAGUGCGGGUGCUGCAGUACUCGCCUGGACCGAUGGAUACGGAGAUGCAGCAGACAAUCCGCGAGUCACCAGUGGUGGACUCUGGACUUCGCCACCAGUUUGUAGAAAUGAAGACUCGAGGGACGCUCAUUCCACCUGCAAAGUCGUCCGAGCGCGGCGUCCGACUUGCUAUCAGUGGCGAAUUUGACUCGGGAGCUCAUGUGGAUUAUUACGACCUUGAUUCUUCAAAUGAAGUGAAGAUCAUGGCAGGACGGACCCAGGAUGUCGCCCGAUUGAUGACUCGUUGCAGCGAAAUUGUGCCAUUCAAGCCGGUUAGAACAUCAUGGGUACGACUGCAGAAGGACUAUAAUUCACCUACUAGCCGGUAA